AUGGCUGGACCUAGACCCAUUGUACUUUGUGGACCAUCCGGGGCUGGAAAAAGCACACUUGUGAAAAAACUCAUGAAAGAUUAUGAGGGGAUAUUUGGAUUUAGUGUCUCCCAUACCACUAGAACUCCUCGUUUCGGUGAAGAAAAUGGAAAAGAUUAUCACUUUAUCACUCGAGAAAUAAUGGAAUGGGGAAUCAACCAAGGAGAUUUUAUUGAAUAUACAGAAUUUUCUGGUAAUAUGUAUGGAACAAGUAAAACAUCAAUUCAAGACGUCCAAUCCAAGAAUCUCAUUUGUAUAUUGGAUAUUGAUAUCCAAGGAGUCUUAAAUAUAAAAAAAACCAAUCUGGACCCAAUCUAUAUUUCAAUUCAACCUCCCUCUCUAGAUAUUUUGGAAACUAGGUUAAGAAAUAGGAAAACCGAGACCGAAGAAAGUCUUCAAAAACGCCUCCACGCUGCAAAAAUUGACAUGAAUGCGGACACUCAACUCUUUGACGCUGUGAUAAUCAAUGAUGACCUGGAUAGAGCCUACGAGGAUUUCACCAACGUGAUAUUUUCACUGGAAUCUCCAAUUGAGCAUUACAUAUAUGUUGUUAUUUAA